CGCGUUUCUUUACCCAAAUCCCAUAAAUCACGCCCCUUUCCUCUUUCUACUCUAUUUAUACGCCACAUUUUUAUACAAGCCGGCACUGUAGACCCUCUCUCUCUCUCUAGGGGUUCUUCUUCGUAUACUAUUUGGAUAUGGCAUCUGGAGCGCAAACUGAAAUCGCUGUUCCAAGUGAAUCCGUGCUUGAAUGGGUUCAGAAAGACAAGCGAAGAUUCUUGCAUGUUGUGUACCGUGUUGGUGACUUGGGUAGGACCAUAAAAUUUUAUACUGAGUGUUUUGGUAUGACCCUACUGAGAAAAAUGGAUGUUCCAGAAGAGAAAUACUCAAAUGCGUUCCUUGGCUUUGGACCUGAAGAUUCUCACUUUGUGGUAGAGUUGACAUAUAGGUUCUGGAGCAGGAUCUAGCUCUGGGUUGGCACCAGUUCUUGGUAACAUCAAUAGGCAACCUGAUAGUUGAUUUUGCUAACUAUUCCUUUGGGAGUCUGGUGUUAAGUUUGUUACAUCUGUUUAUGUCAUAAAAUACAUCCUGUUUCACUUUCUUUUUUAUUAAAAAAUUUAUCUCCUUCAUGCUUGCUCUAGUACAUGUUUUAUUUAUUUCCUGACCAAGUGCUUCUGUGCCACUCAGUUAUUGUGUUUUAUUAACAUGGUCAUUUGUUCUUAGGCCCAACAUAGAUAAAAUGUGUUUAUAAUAUCUUUAUUUUUAUUAACUACUGCCAAAAAUACCU